CAUCAAAGGUUUAUUAAUAUUUCUUUUCUUCUAAUCAGAAAUUUUGUUUCCUUACAUUGUAGCAUACAUUACUGUACUAUACAUAUUUUUACUCUAUACAUUACAUAAUUCGAUAACGAACUGUUAGUACAGACCGAGGAAUGAGAGUAUCAACAUUUCCAUUCGCGAUUAUCGUUUAUCUAUAAUGAGAAAACUCAUUUUUGAGAAGAAUCCGCGUGAGAUGAAUAACGCUGAUAGAAAUGAAAGUGAGAACGAGACUUUUACGCACAAUUCUUAUAUUGAAAAUCGUUCCUUCCAGUUUGUGGAUUUGCGACAAUCCAUAAAAGAUAAAAUUAGUAAAAGCGAGAUAUUUUACAGUUUCGAAAUUGUUUCUGUGAGGAAACCCAAAACAUUUUAUCAAAGGCUUCUCCUAGACAUGGAUAAAUAUUCGCCUCUUUUUUACGCAUUAACUUGGCAUAACGAAGGAACUUCUAGCAGUGAUAAUUAUUUGCCUUUGGAUUUGGUAGAAAUUUUUCCAUCCAAUACUCUUUUGCAUCUAGCAGCUAAAGGUUUAAAGCGUGAUGAAGUCGUUCGUAUCUUAAGAAAAGCCCUUGCCUUUGGAAUAAUUAACAUAUUUGCGCUACAAGGAGAUGCAGAUUCGUUAGAUGGCGACUUCAAGUAUGCAGCGGAUUUGGUUGCUUUUAUAAGGCAACAAUUCGGUAAUACGUUUUGCAUAUGUGUGGCAGGUUAUCCACAAAUGCAUCCGAAAUCUUUUUCAAAGGAACUCGACUUGCAUUAUUUAAAGGCGAAAGUAGAGGCGGGCGCAGAUUUUAUUAUAACGCAAAUAUGUUUCGAGUCUCAAGUUUUUAUAGACUUUGUGAGAGAUUGUCGAAAGAUCGGAAUUCAGAUUCCAAUCCUUCCCGGAAUUCUCGCGCCAACGGAUUACAAGUGUUUAGAAAAGAUGGCAGAUAUUUGCACGCUCGAUAUCCCUAUCAAAAUUAAAAAUGAUUUAGCGCGAAUAAAAAAUGAUGAUCAAACGGUGAAAAGAUUUAUGAUUGAUUUAACCGUGCGGAUUAUUACGGACGUAAUUAAAAGCGGAACUACAUAUGGUUUUCAUUUAUUUACAUUGAACAGAUUGUCAUUAGUGGCGGAAAUAUGCAGACGCGUAGAAUUCAAACCGCAAGUGCGAUCUAGCAAAUCUUCUGAUACUUAAUUUAUAUUUCAGGCGAAUUACAUAUAUGUAUUAAUCAAGGGAAGACAUUGGUCACACAUUCAAAUUAAUUUUUGUACUAAACUAUAAAACUAAAAUAAAAAUGAUAUAAUUGCA